AUGAGCGAACCGUCUGUUUCAGUGUCCCCGCCUGCGGCAUCCAACCUGGAGCUACGGAAGACUGAGGCCAUCCGCAAACUGGCCGCUCAUCUGCCCGACCGCGACGACGCCGAUUUCAUCCGUUUCAAGAAGCUCGCCAUCGUCGAAAAGCUCUUGGCCUCGUUCGAAGAUCCCAACAUGAGCCCCUUCUUCCUGGGCGAGAUCGAAAGCUUCCACAGCCACCCGCCGCUGAGGCCUACUCCAGCGUACUUCAACGAUGUGGACCUGCGACUCCAGCUGCUGAGGGAUAUCAAAGCGACCGAGCUGAAGUUUCGCGAUCCCAGUAUCCCGCCGAAAUGCUUGCCGGCGGAUGUCAUCACGCCCAUCGUUUGGGCUGCCUUUAUAGCGGCCCCGAUCGAAGCCCUGCAAAUCCUUCUCAGUAACAUUCGGAAUGGCCGAGUAAGCUACCAUGAGCUGACACAGGCCCUGGAAUUGCAUCAAACCAGACCUGUAUGCGACAUGACCGACCCGCAUGUGGGACACAUUCUCGGCCACGUCGACAUCUCCCAUGCGUCCAAGUACUAUAGCAAGCUGGAGUGCCUCGCCAUAAUCUGGGGUGAGGCUCGUAUAAGGAGGUACCAGACUCAACCAGGAAAGAAUGUCCUUGGUGGUCCACAGAACACAGUCUCUUUCAAGUGUGUAUCUCAUCAGAGCUGGGACAAGACACAUGUCGCAUUUGAGCCUAUCGGCAAACCUGACGACCGCACCAUUCGGUUACGUCUCCAUCUCCUACAAGACACUAAGCUUAUGCAGGAAGCGUUCCAGUGGCGGAACGACUUGGCGACGGACCCCAGAAAGGCUCUUGACCCGUUCGUCGACGACAGGUUUGUCACCGAAGGGUCGCUAGAGAUUCGGGUAGGUUCUUCCGUUACGCAGCACAUUUUCCAAGACGGGUACGUUUUCGACAUCACGUCAGAGGAUCCGGCACUCCUUCCGAGCUAUGACUUGCUCGAUCUGCAGUAUAGAAUCGAGUUGAUGGCGGCGUUGGUCGGCGCUGGCGAGGGCUCUGACGAUGCCAGAUCUAACUCUACUACAGAAUGGGAGGGUGAUCUGUCAGUGGCAUCGGGAUACAGUCACGAAGAUAUUUGA